UGAGAAAGAGAAAGUGAAAGUCCAGGAAAGUGCUGACACAAAGUCUGACAAAGUCGUCUCUGAAAUUCAUUUUCAUCUCCUCUUCUGUCUUCAAACUGAAGAUGCUUCACACUUUGAAGCCCUGUGACCAGCAGACUAAUGGUUUCUGCUUUGAAAACAGCCGCAGGAAUGCAGUGUUAGAGUCUGGUUUGUCAAAGCUUGGCUACAAUGCCCCCAAGGCCAGAAAGACAGGGACUACCAUCGCUGGUAUUGUUUACAAGGAUGGUGUGAUCCUGGGGGCAGACACCAGGGCUACAGACGACAUGGUGGUGGCUGACAAAAACUGCAUGAAGAUUCAUUACAUUGCUCCAAAAAUCUACUGCUGUGGGGCCGGCGUGGCUGCAGAUGCAGAGAUCACCACACAGAUCAUGGCAUCUAAUGUGGAACUGCACACCCUCAACACAGGGCGACCUCCCCUUGUUGCCAUGGUAACCCGACAGCUAAAACAGAUGCUGUUCAGAUACCAGGGUCACGUAGGUUCAUCCCUGAUCAUUGGAGGAGUCGAUGUGUAUGGAGCUCACCUGUACAGCGUUUAUCCACAUGGCUCCUACGACAAACUGCCUUUCCUCACCAUGGGGUCUGGAGCUGCAGCUGCUGUCUCUGUAUUUGAGGACAGAUUCAAACCUAAUAUGGAGCUGGAGGAGGCAAAGCAGCUUGUGCACGAUGCCAUUGUUGCAGGGAUUUUCUGUGACCUGGGUUCAGGCAGCAAUGUGGACUUGUGUGUUAUCACUGAAGCUGGAGUACAGUACCUGCGAGGCUACGACAAACCCACAACAAAGGGAAAAAGAGAGGGACAGUACAGGUAUAAGCCCAACACCACGGCUGUCCUGACCAAAACUGUAACCCCGCUCUCUCUGGAUGUGAUCAACGAAUCUGUUCAGAUCAUGGACACUGAAUGAAAUGUUCCUGAUGGAAUAAAAUCUAUUCACUGUGUAGUUAUGUCAGUGUACCAAAUAAAAAGAAAGAAAGAUGUGGUCCAAGAAUUUAGAACAGAGCAUCUGUUGCAGUAGUCUCUCUAAAAAGCAUAAGUGAUUAUAAAAGAAGUGGUUAAGUCAUAAAAGCUUUUGUUUGUGGAAUGAUC